CACUUCUUCGAAGGUGUGAAAGCUCGUGUGGCUCAAGGGGUGAAGGAAGAGGAAGUCAGUUUUCAUCUGGCCUACAACAAGCAGGAGCUGAGAAAAGUCGUUGAAAAAUACCCUGGCAAGGAAGUAAAAAGAGCCCUUGAGACCCUCUACAGGAAAAUUCACAAGCAUCUCUCCCCAGAGGAAAAUCUUUUGCCGGUGGUGUGGCACGCCAUGGAACAAGAGUUAAUACGGCAGUACCAGGAAUUCGAGGAUCUCAUCCAGCGUUGUUAUGCAGGGUCAGGGAUCACUAUGGACUUCACCAUGGAAGACUUACUGAGCUACUUCAACUCCAUCACUCUGUCCAACAUGUAA